AUGCCUCCCCGAAAAGGCCGUGCCGGCAAUAAAAAGAAAAACAAGGGCAAAGGAAAACAAGGUGCGAGCCGUCCACGUGGACCCAUUGCAGGAACACGACGUGUUGGUAAUGGUAAUGCUGAGUCCUUAUUAGGAGGAGUAGCAGGGCAAGAACCCCAAGCCAACUUUGGAGAUUGGAUCACUUCUGACAAUAGCAGUUCCAAAUCCUCUUCCAAACCGUUGAUCGAUCAAGUACAUUCCACAUUGUAUGCUCGUUACAAAAAGGCGACCCAUCGAUUCAAGGAAAAACUCAUUGAUUUGGUCCCUGUUGAUAUUUAUGGAGAGGGAAGUACCAUUCAGUUAAUGGACGCUGCCGAAUACUUGGCCAAUAACGACAAGAUUGAAUUGGAAGCCUCUUUCAUGAAGGAUUUGAAACUAACGUUGAGGGUUCGCCAACGAGUCAGCAAGUCCAUGGGAGGUGGUGGAGACGAUGGGCAUGCCUUUUUCAUUGAAGUUUUGAAAUAUUGUUGGAAGAUUCUCUUGGCAAAAUACAUCAAGCAAAGGGGCAUUGUGGAUGACAAUGAUGACGACGAAAAGAAGGAGAAUACGAAUGUCAAUCGAUAUGGUGCCCUGUACAUGGAUGGUUUGGAUCCAGAUCUCAAUGAAGACGAAGAAGAGGAGAAUGACGACAACAAGGAGGAUGCCACUUCCGAAGCAAAUAAGGAACCCUUUCGACCAAAGACCACAAACGAAGAUUUCAAGCGACUUACCUUUCGGGAUGUCUUGUAUGGGGACGAUCGAUCGGCUGCCAUUUUGUUUUUUGACGAUGUGGAAGAAAUCAUGGCCACUGCGGUGCAUCAAAUGCAAGGGCUCAAGGCACAAUUGCGGGCCAAUGCUACAAAGGCUACUUCUGCUGCUGCUAACGCCAAUGCUAAUGCCAAUGCCACUGACGACCGCCAAGACGAACAUGCCAUUCCACACUUGAUGGAAAUUGCCGUCGGAUCCUCCUUUGCCAUUCAACAAGUUAGCAUGCUCGAACACGUCCUAGCAGUGGAUCAUCCUCACCUCAACACCAUUUAUCGAGUCCUUGCCGUGGUGGCCUGCCCGGAUAUGAUUCAAAUCUUCAGUAAGUUGGUCCAAGACCAUUCGCCGGUGGCCCAGAAAUAUGACAUUCGGAAGGAAAUUGUCCAAUUUGUCGGCGACACGAUGGAAACGACCUUUCGGGAUCACGAUGAUCCCAACAACAAGACCAAAUUGCUGCACGACCAAUUUCGGUCCAAAUGGAGAAUCAAUGACCAUUCCAUCAAUGACACGAUCAAUAAAUUGUAUCACACCAUUCGAUUGUACGUACGAUUGGAGGUUCCAGUGUACUCGGAACGGGAAAUAUACGACGAGUGGAACCACUUGCGGAAAAAGGAUCGCUGGUUGAAAUCCUGGAAGCACUUGGGUGGCAAGCGCAACAUUGUCAAGACGCUGCGAUUGGUUCAAGUGUACAGUAAUAUCAUUAUUAAGACUGGGUCUGGCGAAUUUGUCACCAUGGGGGCGGGGGAAGAAAUGCUGGGGGCUCCUUGGCACGAACAAGACAAUCCAGCGGAAAAGAUUACCGAAGAUUUUGAUUACUUUUUGUUGAUUGAAGUCAUGCCAGUCUUUGUUUCAAUGGUUCGGAAGGGGUUGUUAUCGAUCAAGAUGCCUCGCGACUGGGCCAUUUAUCCACUAUUUUGCCAUAUGCGGCAAUGGUGUAAGAAUCCGCACCCGCCCGUGACCUUGUCACUGGCAUUUUGCUUUCAGCUGAUUCUGACAUCGGUGUAUGAAAUGCAAGGGGACAACGAUUACACAAAUCUUCAAGUGACUGCCGAGAGAUGUUGGGAACGGUAUUACAAUGGACUGGACUGGGUGAAUGAAAAGAAGGUCACGGCCCAAAGUUUGAACCGAAAGAGCUGGAACAGAUUCCUGGUCAAUAUGCGAAACGUUAAUUCCCUGCGUUGGCCUCGAAUCGGUAUUAGUUGUGAAAAGGAAGUUGGAAAGUCUCGAAUUGCGAAUGCGGCUUGGAAUCCUGUUUGCGCUGGAUACUUUGAACUUUACACUGCCUAUUUUAAUAACAUGGAAAAUGGAGCCAGGAUGGUGGAUACCUUUGCCCAAGUUCGAUUCGUAUUACAUCUCUACAAUGCCUUGCUCCAGAGUGAAGCACUCAAACCAGGUGAAUUGGAGUUCUUGGAUUACUUGCAUGAACACUUUGCCACCUGUAAGGGCAUCUGGGCUGGCGGUGGGAUUGCGGAGCAAGGGAAUAUCACCAAGCAUUUCUUGGUUUCCACUGGAUAUGGAUUGAAACACGCUCAAAGUAAGAGUGAAGAAAUUCGUGCCUGCUUGAUCGGCGAUAAGUAUUCUCCCUACAAGGGUUCAGUCUCCAACUUUCGGAAAGGAAACCAGGAACAGAAUGCGGAGCAGCUAUUCGACAGUUUUCGACGGGUGGUCUUGCACGACUGCAGUGGUGACGAAGCCAUUAUUGCGAGUAUGAAGGGUGCUACCAAGGGCCAAGCGUUCGAGUACAAGGUUAAGUUGUCCGAAACGAUCAAAUCCAUGAGGAAAGACAUCAAGUUCAUGUCCGCCCAUCUCGUUGCAAUCGGAGAAUUCUUGAAUGCAUUUUUGGACAAUGUAUAUAGAGAACUGGAGUGGGAGGAUUUGGUUUCCGAUGUCACACUGGAAAUGACCAAGGAACUUGGUUGGAAGGAAGAUGACAAUGUCCAUCGGUAUGCUGAAAUGAUGGUUCUUGCCAGGCGGAUACUAGGAAUCUUUGAUUUUAUGGACAAUCCAUUGGAAGAAAAAGAAGUCAAGACGCUUACUGCCUACUUCCGGACCUAUUUUUCGGAUGUUCCCAUGGAUCUCAUGUUUUGGUUCACUGCACCGGACAAGCCCCACGAGUAUGAACUUCCAUUGACUACUAUUGGGUCAGGAUCCGCAGCUGCUGGAGACAAGACGAUGGGUGAAAAAAUCGUAUUGGUUCUGCAAGGGGAAAAUGGUGAAAAGGACAAGACAUUUCAAAUCUUUUGA